AUGGCAUACCUUUCCCCCGAGCCUGAAGAGAUCAAGUCGGGUGAACACCACAUACGCGUUAUCCUUUUCCCUAUAUCGAUAUCAGCCGUGAAAUCUUUGAAUCUCCCUGGAAAUCAAGAUAGUGUCGGUACGAUUUUACUGUCUGGAUUGCCCAUAGAGCCGUUGGCAAACUGUGGGAAAAAGCGGCAAGCACUCGCGUUUUAUCUCUACGAAAAUCUAGAUCAUCCAUACUUUGUCAUUGGGAGUGACAAGAUGUGCCAAAUACAGCUUCAGACUACAACCGAUGAAUGUUGGGUUAAUAUUCGCCAUUGUUUGCUUAUUGCGAUACCCGAUGAUGAAGACGAUGCUAUUCUCCUUCGCAAUUUGUCCACGUCUCGAUUUACUGUCAGGGAUGCUGUCAACAGAAAGGAGGGAGAGCAGGAGGAAAUAAUACCUGGAGAUCGACUGAGGAUAAAACCUGGUCUUAUGCAUAUAACUCUCGGAGCUGGCCUCGAGUUUUUGCUACAGGUCCUUCCUAGUAGCACUUCAAAUACCCGCGCUCCCGUUCCUCCUGGCAAUUGCGAAUUAAUUAGCGGCCCAGCAAUUACCAACAGAUCGAAAAGUCUUAGACGGAAGAAGUUAGCCCAUAAAGAUCCUGUCGAUGCCCCUCAUUCCAGCAAGCGAAUUAAAUCCGAGUUUUCCCCAUCAAAUAUAGUCUUGUGCAAGGCACGGCCUCCUAAGCUGGACCUCGUUGCUGAAACAGGAUUAACCCGCGUCUUCAAACUUCAGCGCUUUGGCCGUGUGGUUGCUGCCAAGGUGUGCAGAAAGCCGGAUAUAGAGGAGGCAGCGUACAUGUGGGAGAACGAAAGAAAUGUUCUCCAGACAUUGAAACACCGUAACAUAGUGCAGCUUCUCGAUUUUCAAGCGUUCGAUCUUACUCUGUUCCUUGAAUAUAUAGAAGGGCUAGACCUUUCUCAGUAUGUGGAUGCUGACAAAUAUUCAAUCAUUAAGGAGGAGAUGCAGCUCCGGAUUUGGAUAGAUAUUAGUGAUGCUCUGAAAUAUAUCCAUGAAAAGGGUAUUAUACACCAUGAUAUAAAACCUAAUAACAUUAUACUUGGUGACCAUAAGAGAGGAGCUGUGCUCUGCGAUUUUGGUCUCUCAACGUUUGAACAGCGUUAUAGUGACGGAGGUUCGACAUCCUACAUACCGCCUGAGUUAUUAGUGAGACAACGAGGUAAACCCAGCGACAUCUGGGCCUUUGGAAUCACUAUGCUCUUCGUUUCUAAGCAUAUACAGCUACCGUCUAACGGCUGGCCGAUUCGGAAGCUCAUGGAAGACAGUAAAGUGCGAAAGAAAUUCAUGAAUUGGUGGGACCACAUUGACACCCUACGAAAAAAUCUCCCUCGACGAAUGGCUGCCCUUCGGGAGAUGUUGGUUCUUGACCCCCAGCGCCGAAUUUCCGCGUCUACCCUGUACGAUGCUCUUAAUAAGUCAAAGACAACAGCACCAACAAAGAAGGACAAAAUGAAGAAGAAAGCCAUCUCGCUUAAACGCAGAUGA